AUGUCCGCAGAGGACGAACAAGCACCCCUCUUGGGUUCUCCGAGUGCCAACGUUACCCACGGAAACGGCGGCGGCGAGCCAGGCCCCAGCGACGAAUCCAUUAGGCAACAUGUCCUCUCAAUCCGCGUCAUCAUCUAUGCAAUACUUACCGCAGCUUUCGUCGUCGUCCUUGUAUCUAUGGUUGUGUUCUGGGAGAAAGUCGGACGCUUUGCUGGGCAGCUGCCGAAAGACCCCAAUCAGGCAGCGCAGCGCGUAUUGGAUGGUGCUCCUAUAAUCGAUGGGCAUAUAGAUCUUCCCAUAUUGACCCGCGAACGCUACUCCAACAAUAUCUCCGCAUUUGACCUGAACUUGAGGAUGCCCGGGCAUGUCGACAUUCCUCGACUCAGAGAGGGACGAGUCGGUGGAUUCUUCUGGUCCACCUACAUGCCUUGUUCUGCGAGACCAGGUAAGGACUUUAUGAACCCUACUUGGCUCGUUCGAGAUACCCUGGAGCAGAUCGAUGUCGUGCACCUGCUCAUCGACAAAUAUCCCGAUACUUUUGAGCUGGCACUCACAUCGAAUGACGUCAAGUCAGCCAUCAGCCGGGGAAAGAUCGCAGGCUUAAUUGGAAUUGAAGGAGGGCAUCAGAUCGGCAACUCGAUUGCAGUGCUGAGGCAGAUGUAUGCUCUCGGCGUACGCUAUAUGACCUUGACGCAUAGCUGCCACAACGCAUUUGCGGACUCUUGCGGGAUUUCCAAGAAUAUUGAACCCUACUGGGGCGGUUUGAGUCCGCUUGGCUACUCGCUCGUCACGGAGAUGAACCGCCUCGGCAUGCUGGUCGACAUCAGUCACACAUCCGACGAUACCGCUAAGCAGGUUUUGAAAUAUUCCAAGGCCCCAGUUAUCUGGUCACACUCUUCUGCCCGUGCAGUUCGCGACGUCCCGCGUAAUGUACCCGACGAUGUGCUAAAGCUGGUUGGCACCACCGACGGGUUGAGCGAUGCUGUCAUCAUGGUAAAUUUUGCACCGGAUUUUGUUGCGGGCAAUGGCGAGGCAACGCUUGAGGCUCUCGCUGAUCACAUCGAUCACAUUGCGAGCAUCACCGGGAGAGCACACGUCGGCAUUGGUAGUGACUUCGACGGUAUUGGGACUGUUCCGGUUGGUCUUGAGGACGUCUCGAAGUACCCUGACCUGAUUGCGGAGAUGUACCGACGGGGAUGGAACCGAUUCGAACUUGCUGGUCUGACAGGACGCAACUUCUUACGCAUCAUGGAGGGUGCAGAGAGGGUCGCUGCGGAGCUCCAUCUGGCAGGGUUUAAGCCGAGUGUAGAUUGGUAUAAUAAGAGGGAUGAUCUGUAA